GCGGGAAGAACACCAACUCGAUGGCUAAGUUCUACGACAAGGCGACAGGCAUCACGGCUUUGGUGGCGGAGAUCCGUCAACGAGCGGUGGAAAAGGAUGAGAUGGCCAAAGCGGUCGUGGGCCAUGGAGAGCCCUUCGCGUACAGCGGAUGGACGUUCGUAGGACGCAAGAGUCAUAUCACGCCGCUGCAAGCGUUGGACGUGCUCGGCAACUCGAUUGGCAUGACGCCCCCCGAGAUGGUGUUCGGAGAAAACCAAUUGCUGUUGCUGCAUGAAGCGUCAGGAGUUUGCAUUUCGUUCAUGGCAGUCGAAGCGUUGUCGUGCUGUCAUUUCAAGGCGGGGAGCGACGCCCAACAGUUGAAAGUGACCAUGGCGCGCGUCCAAAGCGCCACAUCAGCCGAUGAGGUGAAGGAACUCGAGAUUUCGUAUGAUUGGACGUACACCAGUGACUACAAGGGUACGUUGGCUCGCGUGGACGAUCAUGGAGUUGCCAAUACCACCGCCGACGCAGUCCGUGUGGUUACGACGACGGAACGAAUCGACUUUGAAAAGUUGAAGGUCCGCGAAGACAUUCUGUGGAUGGAGGACGUCAGCUUGUACGAAGAUGAGCUCCAUGACCAUGGCGUGUCGAUCUACUCUGUGCGCAUCCGGGUCAUGCCUUCGGGGUUCUAUGUCCUCGCGCGAUACUGGAUGCGGCUGGACAACGUCGUUGUUCGCCUCAACGAAACCCGCAUCCACCAUGUGUUUGGCAAGGACUUCCUCCUGCGUGAAUACACCGCGAAGGAGGUGACGUUCGACACUCUCUUUGCCGCCGGCCAUCCCAACCACAUGUCCAACUACACGAACAUCGACACCUUCCAACAUCUCGUGCCCACGAAGUCGUCCCAUUUCGAGAAGAUCUACCUCCAUUAACGUAUUGGACGCUCCCGCGGCGACGGCGGCCACAGAUUUGCGUUGUGAUGGAUCAACACUCUGGACAGUGGUGGCGCGAGAUUGGAAUUAAAAACGAUUUGUUUUGAAGUAUAUUUUAUGUCAAUAUAUAAUCUACUGCUUUGUAUCCAA